AUGGCGAUGGGCAGGACGUGGCGGCUCCCAACCUGGCUGGCUCUCUUCUGCGGUCUUUCCACCGCAACUUUCCCCGGCAAGGAAUUCUUCACCGCCUUCCUGCAGAAUGACGACGGAGCGACCCAACCUGACAUCCAGCUCCUUUUCACGGCUUACUUCGACUCCACCGAGGUGACGGUGACGAUUCACGGUGGCACCUUCACCAACACCGUCACCCUUGGGAAAGACGAGACGGUUUCUCUCCGCCUCCCCAGCCACGUAGAGCUUGUCGGCAACCAGCUUUUGGGUAAAACCGUCUUGAUUCAGUCCACCAAGGAGGUCUCCGUGGUCUCCGUCAACUCCAAAAGUUACACCAUGGGCGCCACCACCGUUUUGCCUGUACAUAAGUUGGGCAACAAAUAUUACGUGGUGACGCCGGAGGGCAAGAACGAAGGCUUGAAGGAGUUCGUUGUGGUGGCCGGGAAGACUUCGGCUACCGUUUCCAUCAACGUCAAGGGCAAGUUUUAUUACAGAGGGAGGAAUUACCGCCCUGGGUCGACCCUCCGCGUCUUCUUGAACCCAUACCACAGCUUCCAACUGCAAAGCAGCGACGAUUUAUCCGGCACCAAGAUCACGUCGGACAACGCUGUCGCCGUCCUCAGCGGACACAGCUGCGUGCAGGUGCGCACGGGCUGCGACUACGUGGUUGAGCAGCUUCUGCCGGUGGCCGCGUGGGGACAAGCUUACAUCGUCCCCCCCAACCCCUCGCAGAACGACGCCGACUUCGCCUACGUCGUGGCGGCCGAGAAAGCCUCCAUCACCUACAACAAGGGUAAUUCGGUUGCCACCAAGGACAUCGCGGCCGGGGAGGUCCGCAAGUUCGAGAUCAGCGCAAAUUCUCCUCUCUACGUGAGCGCUUCAGCUGCGAUUCAGGUGGUUUUCUUCUUCACCGGUUCCAGGACGGCCUUUUAUAGGCAAGAUCCCUUCCUACUCAACAUCCCACCCAUCUCCUCCUACUGUACCUCCUACCGGGUCAGCAGCCUGGAUGGCUUCGAGAACCACGUGGUCCUCAUCGCCCGAAACACGGACACCAGCACCACCACCCUCAACCAGAACACGGAACAAAGCUUGUCCUGGCAAGCGAUUCCCGGCACAGACUUUUCCUGGGCCACCGUCACCAUGAGGAAGCCGGCGGAAAUCCAGAGCGCCGAGCACCAGCAGACACCCCUUGGGGUCCUGGUCUUUGGCUUCCAGAAUUACAUUGGUUACGGUUUCGCCGGUCUUUGCGCCACAACUUCUGUUCCGCUUUCCUGCAAAGACCUGGGCUGCAAGAAGUGCGAGGUGGUGGACGGACAAGCCACGUGCAUCCAAGAAACCGCCUCGACCUGCUGGGCCACCGGCGAUCCCCACUACCAAACCUUCGAUGGGAAAGCCUUCGAUUUCAUGGGCACGUGCUCCUACACCUUGACCAAGACCUGUGAUCCUGAUCCGACCCUGCCCACCUUCAGCGUCGAGGCCAAAAACGAACACAGGGGUAACCCCAAAGUCUCCUACGUCGGCUCCGUGACCGUUCGCGUCUAUAACAUCACCAUCGUUGCGGUCAGGUCCGAGAACGGGAUCGUGAGGGUGAACUACCAUCGCUCCCGCCUCCCCAUCUCCCUUGCCCAAGGGAAACUCCGCCUGCAGCAGAAGGGCAAGGCUGUGCUGAUUCAAACCGACUUCAAGCUGAAGAUCCUCUACGACUGGGAUGACCACGUGGUGAUAAAGCUCCCCGGUAUGCUCUCCGGCAAAGUGUGCGGGAUGUGUGGCAACAGCAACGGCGACCCCCAAGAUGAUUCCCUCAUGCCCGACGGCAACUUGGCGCAGAACCCCGUGGAGCUGGGCCAGAGCUGGAGGGUGGCCACCAAGAGCCGUCGCUGCUGGGACAGCUGCAGCAGGAACUGCGGACGUUGCCGACAGGACGAAGCGGCGAAGUACAAGGGGGAGACGUCGUGCGGGUUGCUCACCCAACGCCCGGGGCCCUUCGAGCGCUGCCACGCCACCAUCGACCCCAACGUCUACCUGAACAACUGCGUCUAUGACCUCUGCGUGAACGACGGGCUCCACGCCGUGCUGUGCCAAGCCCUCGAAGCCUACGCGGACGACUGCCAGGAGGAGGAAAUCACCGUUUCCGACUGGAGGACGCCGGCACGUUGUUCUCUCUCCUGCCCGAUGAAGAGCAAUUACACCGCCUGCGGCGCUGCCUGCCCCACCACCUGCAACAACGGCGCGAUGCCCGCUGACUGCAAUGCCUUGGCCUGCGUGGAGACCUGCCAGUGCCAGGAGGGCUUGGUGUUCGACGCCAAUAAGUGCAUCCCCCAGCACGAGUGCGGCUGCGUCUUCGAGGGCCGCCUCCACGGCCUCGGCGAGGAGUUUUGGGGUGACAGCACCUGCACCAAACGCUGCGUCUGCGAUGCGAAAUCCCGGAGGGCUGUAUGCCGGCAGGCCAGCUGCCGUGCCGGGGAAGAAUGCCGGGUGGAGGAGGGCAUCCAGGAUUGUUAUCCCAAGAGCUAUGGGACCUGCGCAGCGGUCGGUGCCACCCACUACGAGAGUUUCGAUGGUGGGAAGUUCAUCUUCCAGGGCACGUGCAUGUACCAGUUCGCUGGGUUGUGCAAGAAGAACCAAGGUCUGGUGGAAUUCCAGGUGCUGGUGCAGAACGGCCGCCAGGACGACGAACCUCUGUCCUCCAUCGCUCUGGUGACGGUCAAAGUCUACGACAAAACCAUCGUGAUCAGCCAGGAACACCCCGGCAAAAUCAAGAUCAAUGACCAGUUGGUCAACCUACCGUAUCACCACAGGGAUAGGAAGAUCUCCGUCUACAGAGAUGGGCAGGAAGCGGUGGUAGAGACAGACUUCGGCCUCGCUGUCACCUACGACUGGCAAAGCCAAGUCACCGCGUCAGUGCCCAGCACUUACGCGAACACCCUGUGUGGCCUCUGCGGGAACUACAACGGGAACGCGGGCGAUGAGAUGAUGAUGAAGAACGGCCAAGUGACAUCAAACCCCGACGCUUUCGGGCACAGCUGGAAGGUGACCGACAUCCCGGGUUGCGUGGAGCUGUCGAAGGUGGAAUGUCCUGCCAUCGCGGCGGCUCUGCAGCACCAGGAGGUCUCGAAGAUGGGUUGUGGGAUCAUCCUGCAAGCGGAUGGACCCUUCGGAGCUUGCCACGCUCAUGUGGAUGCCGCCAAAUACUUCCAAGACUGCGUCCAUGAUUUUUGCCUCUUCCCGGACCGGGAAGAUGUGGUAUGCCUGAUCAUCGCCCGCUACACCGCUGCCUGCCAGGCUGCUGACGUGACCGUGGGGACAUGGAGGACGGACGAUUUCUGCAAUAUUUCCUGUCCUGCAAACAGCCACUACGAGAUCUGCUCCCAGAGCUGCAGCCAGACCUGCAGCAGCAUCGACACCCCGGUGAAGUGCCCGGAGAGGUGCAGGGAGGGCUGCGUGUGCAACGAAGACUUCGUGCUCAGCGGCGACGAAUGCGUUCCCAUGUCCCAGUGUGGGUGCCACCAUCAGGACUUCUACUACAAGCUGGAGGAGACCUUCUUCCCCACCAAGCAGGAGAAAUGUCAGUGCCAGGCUGGCCGCGCUGUGAGCUGCCAAAAAAUUUCUUGCCCUGGAGACAGCGAAGGCAAAGUCAUCGAUGGCGUCUUCCAAUGUCCAUCUGCCACGCCCGGGGCCUGCGUGGUCACCGGUGACCGCAACUAUAUUUCCUUCGAUGGGAUGGCUUUCAACAUCUCUGGCACCUGCUCCUACAUCCUCACCGAGACCUGCACCGAUGACGUCAAACCAUUUGUUGUGAAAAUCGAGAAGGAGGCCCGGCAGAAGAGGAAGGUCUCCGGCAUCCAAGCAUUGUCCGUUGAAGUCUACGGCCUCACGUUGACCUUGACGCGAGGCAAGAGGGGAACUGUCAUGGUGGACUCCAUAUCCCACCACCUCCCGGCCAUCCUGAGCCAGGGACGGGUCCAGGUGCACCAACACGGGAUGGGCAUCCUGCUUCAGACUGACUUCGGCCUCCUCAUACGCUAUGACCUCCUCCACCACGUGACGGUCACAGUCCCGCAGAGCUACCGGGGCCGCCUCUGCGGGCUCUGUGGCAACUACAACGGGCAACGCAACGAUGAUUUCCUCCUCCCCAGUGGCCAACAGGCCCCCAAAGCGCAGGACUUUGGCUCUGCCUGGAAAACGCCUGAUGUGUCUUGCAGUGAUGACUGCUCCAAGGACGACUGCCCCGUCUGCACGGAGGAGAAGAAGGUGGUCCUCCAGAAACCCAACUACUGCGGCAUCCUCACGGUCCCAAAGGGCCCCUUUGACUCCUGCCACCACCUCAUCAACCCGGCCCUGUACUUCCAAGCCUGCCUCCACGACCUUUGCCUCGCUGAAGGGGACACCCGCGUCCUCUGCCAGAGCAUCCAGAGCUACGCCACCGCUUGCCAAGACGCCGGUGUCAUCAUCGAGGCUUGGAGAAGACCUUCCCUCUGCCCCCUCAGCUGCCCGGCCAACAGCAGCUACUCCCUCUGCAACAACCUCUGCGUCAACAGCUGCGCAGGGCUUGUAGAUGCCUCCAAGUGCCCCAAAACCUGUGUCGAAGGCUGUCACUGCGAUGAAGGGUCCAUCUUUGACGGCCACGGCUGCGUUCCCAAGGAGAAAUGCGGAUGCUUUGUGGAUGGGAGAUAUUACAAGCCCCAUGAGUCGGUCUUGAAGGACAACUGCCAGCAGCGUUGCACGUGUGUCCCCGGCAAGGGCUUGACUUGCAGCAGCCACAGCUGCACCGAUGACGAAACCUGUGAAAUCCGGGAUGGGGUCUUGGGUUGCAUCAAUCAAAACCCCUGCAAAGCCCUUCAGUGCCGGCCCAAGGAAAGGUGCAAGUCGAAGGACGGCCAAACCAAGUGUGUCCCAUCCCUGGUUGCCACCUGCUGGGGUUGGGGGGACCCCCACUACCACACCUUCGACGGGCUCGAUUUCGACUUCCAAGGCACCUGCACCUACACCAUGGUCGAAUCCUGCGGAAACGAUGCCAGAUUGGUGCCCUUCAAGGUGGAGGCCAAGAACGACAUCCGUGGAGGGGUGAAAUCCGUCUCCUACGUGAGCUUGGCCAACAUCAAGGUCUACGGCCAACACAUCUCCAUCCACCGGAGGGAAGUGGGCAAAGUCAGGGUGAACGGGGUGGUGACGCUGCUCCCGGUGAGCUUGGAGGACGGCAAGGUGCAGGUCUUCCAGAGCGGGCUCAGCGCCGUGCUGGAGACGGAUUUUGGGCUCCGGGUAACGUACGACUGGAACUGGCAUCUGCUCAUCCACCUCCCCAGCAGCUACUACAAACACACCUGCGGCCUCUGCGGCAACUUCAACCUCAAACCCGAGGAUGACAUCCCCCAGAGCGGCAGCGACCUCGCCGCCGUGGUGGCCUGGGCCGAAGGCUGGAAAGUCCCCGACGACGACGAUCCGUUCUGCUGGGAUUAUUGCGAAGGCACCUGCCCGGUGUGCGAGGAGGAGAAAAAGGAACUGUACGGGGGCAACCAGUACUGCGGUCUCAUCAAAAAAAGCUUCCAGGGGCCCUUCAAGGCUUGCCACGACGUCAUCAAGCCCCAGGAUUUCUACCGCAACUGCCUCUACGAUGUGUGCAUGAGCGAUGGGGCGAAGCAAAUCCUCUGCCAGGUGCUGGAGGCUUAUGCGUCCACCUGCAAGAAGCACGGGGCCGUCGUGCACGACUGGAGGACGCCGUCGGGUUGCCCGUUACCCUGCCCCGAAAACAGCCACUACGAAGCCUGUGGCAACGCCUGCCCGGCCACGUGCACCAACCGGGAUGCGCCCGCCGCUUGUACCCAGCCCUGUGUGGAGACCUGCGCCUGCAACGAGGGCUACGUCCUCAGCGGCGGCCAGUGCGUGGCGGUGGCCAGCUGCGGCUGCACCCACGACGGUCGCUACUACCGUCCCGGUGAGGAAUUUUGGGCCGAUAAGAACUGCCAGUCGCGGUGCAGGUGCGACCCGGAUUUGAGCAUGGUGGUGUGCAAGGAAGCCGGUUGCAAGUUGGGCGAGGAGUGCGCCGUGGUGAAGGGCGUGCGGCGGUGCGUGGCCAAGAGCCGCUCCAUCUGCGUGGCCACUGGCGACCCCCAUUACACCACCUUCGACGGGCGCCGCUAUGAUUUCAUGGGCACUUGCGUCUACCAGUUGGCUGCUCUCUGCUCCGACGACCCCACCCUCGUCCCCUUCACCGUCACCGUGGAGAACAACAACCGCGGCAGCCGCGUGGUCUCCUACACCAAGGAGGUCACCCUGAAAGUCUACAACAUGAGCCUCAGCCUCAGCCAGGCGCACCCCCAGAAGCUCAAGGUCAACGGGAUCCUGGUGGAUCUGCCCUUCAACCACGGCAACAAGCUCCAGGUCUACCUCAGCGGCAUCCAUGGCUUCAUCAAGACCGACUUUGAGGUCAUCGUCACCUUCGAUUGGUACAGCUACGCCAGGGUCAUCCUCCCCAACACCUACUCACGGGCCGUCUGCGGCCUCUGCGGCAACGCCGACGGCGACCCCCAGGACGACUUCACUUUGCCCAACGGGCAGCCGGCUACUGAUGAAAUCCAAUUUGCCGACUCCUGGAAGGUGGCCGAUAUCCCCGGUUGCUGGGCCGGUUGCACCGAAGGUUGCAAAGUUUGCACCGAAGCGGAGAAACGCACCUACCGGGGCGACAAACACUGCGGGCUCCUGGUGAAGAAGCAGGGACCCUUCGCCGCCUGCCACAGCGCCAUCGACCCGGCCCCCUACUUCGCCGAUUGCCUCUUUGACACGUGCCUCUACGAGGGGCAUCAGGAAGUGGUCUGCAGCUCCAUCAGCGCCUACGUCACCGCCUGCCAGAGCCAGGGCAUCCGCAUCAGGCAGUGGCGCACCGCCGCCUUCUGCAGCCCCGUCUGCCCCCCGAACCAGCACUACGAGCUCUGCGGCCCAGCCUGCCCCGCCACGUGCCGGGGCCAAGCGGAAGCGGAGGAAUGCGAAGAAGCCACGUCCUGCACCGAAGGCUGCUUCUGCGACCAGGGCUUCUUGCUGAGCGGCGACCGCUGCGUCCCCUUGGCCCAGUGCGGCUGCUUGCACGAGGGUCGCUACUACAAGCUGGGCGAAGAGUUUUUCACCUGCCCUCGUUGCAGCGAACGUUGCGUUUGCAAAGGAACCGGGGGGGUGGAGUGCCGGCCGGAUGGUUGCACGGCGGGCGAGGAGUGCGCGGUGCAGGACGGGGUGCGGGGUUGCUACCCCCGCGAAUGCGGGCGCUGCCAGGUGCUGGGUGCCGUUUCCUACAGCACCUUCGACGGGAGCUUGCUGCAUUUCGCCGGCACCUGCACCUACACGCUGGCGGCGGUCGAGGCCGACGGCCCCGAGGACCCGCUGGUGCCCUUCGCGGUGGAGAUGGAGAAGGAGAGCGGCAAGGAGGGACCGGUCAUCCGCCGGCUGCUGGUGACCGUGCACGGAGUCACCAUCGGCAUGACCAGGGGCACCCAGUGGGAAGUGACGGUGGACGGCGAGCGGCAGCUCCUGCCGCUGACACUGGCCGGGGGGGCCCUGACGGUGUCCCAGGAGGGCACCCACCGGGUGCUGCAGGCGCAGGGGGGACCCAAAUUCCUCUACGACGGCGACGCCUACGCGCUGCUCACCCUCCCCGGCGCCUACCGCCGCCGCCCCGCCGGCCUCUGCGGCGACUUCGACGGCGACGCCGCCGAUGACCUCGCCGCCCCCCAGGAGCUGGGUUCUUCCUGGGGCACCCUCACCCCCGCCUGCACCCAUGGGUCCCCGCCGCCGCCCGCCUGCCGCUCGGCCACCCCGGGGCCCUGCGGGGUGCUGGCGGAGGCGACGGGACCCUUCGCCGCCUGCCACGGGCUGGUGGCUCCCCAGGAACACGUGGCCGCCUGCGUGCAGGAGCGAUGCGGCCGGCGGGAUGCCGGGGAGGUGUGUCGCAGCUUGCAGGCCUACGCCGCAGCUUGCCAGGCCGCCGGCGGGCAGCUGCAGGAGUGGCGGGCGGCUGCCAAGUGCCCCCUCGCCUGCCCUCCCCACAGCCGCUACGAGCUCUGCACCCGCACCUGCGCCCACACGUGCGCCAGCCUCUCCGUCAGCACCCGCUGCACCGAGAAGUGCUUCGAGGGCUGCCGGUGCGACGAGGGUUUCCUCUUCAACGGGGACGAGUGCGUCCCCAUGGACUCCUGCGGGUGCCUGCACCGCGGCCGCUACUUUGAGAUCGCCGAGACCGUCCUCUCCUCCGACUGCAGCGAGCGCUGCACGUGCCGGGCGGCGGGUGGCAUGCAGUGCCGACCGGCCGGCUGUCCCUUCGGCCAAACCUGCGGCCUCAAGGAUGGCGUCCGGGGUUGCGUGGAAGAACCGGGACGCUGCACCCUGGCCCCCGCCGCUCGCUUCGUCUCCUUCGAUGGAGCCACCGGCACCACCACGGCCGCCGGCGUCUACGUGGUGGCCACCCUGUGUGAUCCACGCCACCCUGCUUGGUUCCGGCUCUUGGCUGCCGUUGGGGAGAACCAGGACCGACCGGCCGUGGUGGCCCUUCACCUCUUCAACCCUCAGGCCUUCCUCACCGUCAAGAGGGAGAAGAAGGUCUGGGUCAACGGGGUCCCAGCCACCCUCCCUGUGGAGGUGGCCGGCACCUUGACCGUCACCGAGACCCGGGGCACCAUCUGGAUCACCCAAAAACCCGAAUUCGUCAUCGGCCUCAGCCCCGCCGGGGAGGUGACGGUGACGGUGGCGCAGGAGCUGAGCAAGCAGCUCUGCGGGAUCUGCGGUGAUUACGACGGGAAGGCGGCCAACGACCUCCGAGGGCCCGACGGGAAAUUGGUGGCGGAUGUGGUGGCGGUGGCCAAGGCUUGGCGAGCGCCCGACUUCACCCAGUGAUGCGAAAAAAUGACAUUUAGAGGCCCGGAACUGGGCCGACGCCUCAUCGCUGAGGUCAUCGCGGCGAAAACUCAGCAUCUACCCCAAAGGGCUAUUAUUUUUCUUGCCCCCCCCCUAAAUUUGAGGUCCCCCCCCCCAAAAAAAGGGGGGUAAAGCUGCCGCUGCCUUCGGUUUGCAAUAAAAUCAGCAA